AUGGACAAACUAUUAAAUCAUGCAUUCGACAACUUGGCGUCAUACGACGGCGCCAAGGUCAGAAGAGGACUGAGACAAGUCGAAGGUCUUCUCGCUCCGAUAUGUCUUGCCCCACCGGUUACCAAAGAGUCAGAUGUUUUCAGCACAAGACCGGCAGCAAAUCAGUCUUCGGGCUCUCCAGACCAGCCUGCACCUCGGAGGACACUUGCGGAGCUGGCUGAGGACCCUGCUUUCCGCGCAUUCUUCCGGCUACAGGACAGCUUUGAGUGGAACAUCAUUUCCAGGCUGAUCGACACUCUGAACAACCUGCUUUCUCGGGGCGCCGAGGGCGAGAAUGAUAUGCUCAUCGUCAGCGCGCUGGAGCUCAUGCAGGGCCUUCUGCUGUUGCACCCACCCAGCAAGAUCCUCUUUAUGCGGGAUCCCAGUAUGAAUCUGCUCCUCGACCUCCUAGAGCCCUGCAACUGCCCCGCCAUUCAAAAGGCUGCCGUCCUCGUCCUCGUCACGGCCCUGAUCGACACGCCCCAGAACACUCGCACCUUUGAGCGCCUCGACGGCCUCCUGACUGUCACGUCUCUGUUCAAGUCCCGCGCCACCAGCCGAGACCUGAAGGUCAAGCUCAUGGAGUUCCUCUACUUCUAUCUCAUGCCCGAGACGGCGUCUAUCCCUCGCGCCGAGCUCCGCGAGCGCCCAUCAGUCCCCGCACUGCUGCAGCGGAGUCCUAGCAAGCUGGCCAAGGCCUUUAGCGGAGAUGGCACGCCCGAGAGGAGGAGCCGCGCAGACAGUGGCAGUGGCACCAUCCUGUCGACCGAGGAGAAGCAGGCGCUGCUGGCGCGCCACCUUAGCAACGUCGGGGACCUGGUCAGGGACCUGCGGAGCUGCACGCCGUUUGGCGUCAUUUGCUAA